UGUGUGUGUGUGUCUGUGUGUUUCCCCCGCCGCUCACGUGACCGGGGUGACUCGGCGCUCACGUGACCGCGCGGCGGGGCCGUGCCGGAGCCGGGGCCGCGCUCGCCAUGGGCUGCUGCUACAGCAGCGAGGCCGAGGCCUCCGACCAGGAAGAAGAGACAAAGCGGCUGCUGGAACCGGCAGCCAGCCCACCCAACAAGGUGCUGAAUGGAGCRGAGCAGAGCUACCACAACCUCCCAUCAGCACGCACAGAUGAGCAGGCCAUGCUGUCCUCCAUCCUCGCCAAAACGGCCAUCAACAUCAUUGACGUGUCAGCAGCAGAUUCACAGGGCAUGGAGCAGCACGAGUACAUGGACAGAGCCAGGCAGUACAGCACACGCCUGGCCAUGCUCAGCAGCAACCUGACGCACUGGAAGAAGCUCCCGCUGCUGCCCUCUCUGACUAACCAACCACACCAAGUGCUCGCCAGUGACCCUGUCCCCUUCGCAGACCUACAGCAGGUGUCCCGGAUAGCUGCCUACGCCUUCAGUGCGCUCUCACAGAUCCGUGUCGACGCCAAAGAAGAACUGGUUGUACAGUUUGGCAUCCCCUGAGCCUGCCCCACCACCGCUGCUUCACCGCUUUGGGUUGUUUUUGGUUUUUUUCCCAUUUUUUUCUCUUUGUAUCCCUUCCCUCCCCAUGGUGCUGCCACAGAACUUGGACAGAUACCCUGUUUCCUACUAAAUGCCAAGGCGCCCAUCACUAGCACACUGGGCCCACCUGCA